AUGUCAGCACCGCCUUCGGAAGUGUCCUUCAGCACGUACGAUGUCGAUAGAGACGACACAAGUACUUUGGCAACUUCCAUCUCUGGCAAUCGCAUAGACAUUGACUUCGACACCGAUACUGACUCGGCUCUUGGAUCUGAUGACCUAGAUCCGGACACGCGAUCUCUGACAUCUUCGAUCUUCAAUUAUCGCUGGGAGAACGGACGCCGGUAUCACGCUUUUCGCGAUGGCGAAUACUGGUGUCCGAACGAUGAGUCUGCCAGCGAGCAGCUCGAUCUGGGGCACCAUAUUUAUCUUCUUCUCCUCGAUAAUCGCCUUUUUCUAGCUCCUAUAGCCGCCGAACCCCAGAGGGUACUCGACAUUGGCACGGGAACCGGUAUAUGGGCAAUCGAUUUCGCCGAUCAGUAUCCCUCUGCCACUGUCAUCGGUACGGACCUCUCACCGAUCCAGCCCGAGUACAUUCCGCCUAACUUACAGUUCGAAAUCGACGACGCCGCCUCCGACUGGACUUUCCCCAAGAACAGCUUCGACUUCAUCCACGUCCGCGGCCUCUUCGGGUCGUUGCGCGAUUGGCCAAGAUUCUAUCAGCAGGUCUUGGAGCAUCUGAAACCUGGCGGCUACUAUGAGCAGUUAGAAUGCAGCUGCUAUUGUCAUGCCGACGACGACACGACGCCGCCGGGCUCGCCACUUGCGCGAUGGGGUCAGUUGUUCACGGAAGCAGGGAGGAGGACGGGCAAGGAGGUCGAUGUUAUCGAUUACCAGUAUCGCUGGCUUCGCGAGGCGGGGUUUGAGGAUGUGCGGGAACAUCGCUUCAAGAUGCCGGACUCGCCGUGGCCGAGUGAUAGGACUCCGGAAGGUGCGAAGCUGAAGGAGAUUGGUAAGUUGAGGAGGUUAGAGAUCGAUAGUGGAAUGGAGGGAUGGAGUCUAGCUAUGUUCACGCGCGUGCUGGGCAUGAGCUAUGAGGAGGUGCAGAUGUAUCUGGCGGAGGUGAGAAGGGACUGGGCGAACAAGAGGAUACAUGCGUACACGAGGGUAGGCGUUGUGUAUGGGAGGAAGCCGAUGUGGCCGUGA